CACUGCGGCCGUAUGGAUUUAGAUAAAUAUAAUGACUACGCUGUAUCGCGUUUAUCAAAAAGAAAUAAACUAAAAUUACAAUAAAUUCUGUUAAAUUAAGGAUUGUUACGAUAAAUUUAUUGUGCUUGUUUAUAAUGCCGCCUGUUGCUGUUGCAAAUGCUGGAAUGAAUGCUCAAUUUGAAAGUAUUAAAUUAGAAAACGAGCAACUUCGAAGGGAAGCCCGAAUUCAGCGACUCAAACUCUCUGAGUGUGCCAAAGACAUCGUAGCUUUUUGUGAAAAAGAAUCUAAAGUAGAUCCUUUAAUUAUGAAAGUUCCUGCUUCAGCAAAUCCUUUUAUUGUUCGUGGUCCCGCUUGUUCUUUGACUUAAUUUCAGGAAUUGUUGUGUUAUGGUUUUUACAAUUUAGUGUAUGGUAACGGAUAUUUUGAUACAUAGUAACGAGUUCUUUUAGUAUAAUAGAUGAUGUAGUUUUUUUUGUUUGUUUUUGAUAUUUUUUUUGCUGAAUUUUAAGGGUGCAAGAUCAAUAUUUUUUUUUUUUUUUAAUUUUCAUAAUUACUUGUUUUUUAAACUCAAAUUGUUAAACUUUUUUUCAUCUAAGAAGAAACUUGAACAGCUCAUUUGUUUUUUUAUUGUUUUUUUUCUUUCGUUUUGUUCCUGAAAUUUGUAUUCCCUGAUUUUUUAAAAUAUUUUUUAAAUCAAUAUUACACUAAUAUUUGUAAGGAAGAUUUAUUUAAAAAUAAUUUCUCAAAUUGAACUAUAUUUUUUCAUGUUUUAGAAAAUCUUUUAAUAAGUUUAUAUUAUUAUUUAAUGUCAACAUAAAGUAUAAUCGUUUUAACUUAUAUUGGAAAAAAUUAAUUAUAUAAUUAAUAAUUAUUGUAAUCGUGUA